AUGAGUUCGUGCGUCAUCGAAAGCGCCGUUCGAAGGUGGGUGGAUACGUUAAAACAUACAGAGGAAAGAUUUGCCGUUCAGUCGACGCAGAUAAGCGCUGUCGACGCGGUACUGUCACGUCAGCGAAAAAUAAUAGGAAGCGUUCAGACGGAACUUUGUGGACUAUCGGCAACCCAACAUCGGAUGAAGUUUCAACUAGAGCUGCUUGAAAACCAUCAGUAUGAAAUCGAGGCAGCCUUAACAUCUCUUGAAGGUGACGCGCACGAGCUACUGAGUUGUGGUGCUGAUUCCUCUCAACUUGACAAAAAUGACAAACUGUUCUACUUUGCCGAGGGUGUGAGUGUUCAGAUCAAGGAUGUGUGUGGAAAAAUUCAAGCCAUACACGGAACAAUCGACGAUCAAACGAGCGAUCAGGAAGGAAGCAAUUCACUAAGCAGAUGUGUCCAAACACUCAACACACAGUUGACGAGGUUAAAGUCUUUGGAAGGGAAACUCGCACAGUUUAGUUCUCUUAAACCUGCUGAAACUAUUCUUUGA